UUCCAUUCAAAGCAGUGCGAGGUUUUGACUCAGUGUGAAGGUCGAGCGAUUGGCAGCAGGACACAGCGCGUUUUCUGUGUAAAAAGGGGAGAGGCUGCCAACAGCUACAGGGACACAGUUUGCUGGAAAAUGGAUGGCAGUGCGAAGGAUGCUGAGUAACAAGCCCCUAUGAUGACGUCACAAGAGGCAGACCAACAUUCCAAGAAAGGGAGAAUGGAGACUGGCAGUGGAAUAAGAGAGCAAAACGAUCCACUUGUAAUGAAGGAGGGCGUGUCGAAAAGGGGAGUGGCUUCAUCGCACCUUGUUCCUCCCGAUGGCGGUUGGGGCUGGUUUGUGUCACUUGGCACCACUGCCUGCGCGAUGAUUCUCUCCACGCAAGGCCCCUGCUUCGGCAUCCUUUUCGGACCCAAACUCCGCGAAAUGAAUGCCCCCCCUUCUCUCGCGGCUUGGCUCUUCAACUGCCAGUCCAUGGUGUGGAAUCUUGCAGGUCCUUGGGCAGGACCUCUUAGUUCAAGGUUCUCCUACAGGAAGGUGGCUGUGACGGCGGCUCUCAUGUCUGCCUCUUCUCUCUUCCUUUCCGCGCUCGUCUCUUCGCCGUACCUCCUUUUGCUGACAUUUUCACUUCUUCACGGAAUCGGCGGCGGGAUAAACAUCACCUGUUGCUUUCAUAUGAUAGCGAAGUACUUCAAGAAACGCUUAGGAAUUGCUAACAGCAUCAUGAUGACGGGAGGCUCAGUGGGUAUUAUUCUUUUGCCUCAACUCGCAUCCCGUCUCCAGGAAUACUACCCGUUCACUUGGGCAACCCUUAUUACAGGUGCAGUGACGCUACAUGCUGCCGUGGGAUCUCUCUUGUUCCAGCCGGUGGAGUGGCACUUGAAGGAAGAAAACAGUGAUCUCGAAGCGCCACCUGACAUGGAGAAGCUGAUCCUCGAACCAGGGACGAAGAACUCCAAAGGCUACGAGUUGCCGCGAGGGUCCUCCGUUCCCUCAGGCCUCAUGCUGCACGACAACCGCGGCUCGCACCCGGGCAUUCCGAAGAGAACCCGGGCCUACAGCGAGUGCGCCCGCCUGGACCCGCCCGAGAGGGAGAGGGGCAGGUUUCCUUCCCUGACCUUCGGAGGAAGCUCCCUGAUGGCGAGCGUCCACACGCUGUAUGAACACGCACCUUCGAGGGUCUCUUCUGCGAACACAGAGGGCUCAGCAGGAGUGUGGCAACAGUUCAAGAACCACUACAAGCCUUCGGUUCUGAAGGAUCCUUUAGUCAUUUCUGUGGCAGUAGUGAAUUGCAUCACCAUGGUCGCUGCGCUAAACGUUUUUAGCACGAUUCCCUUCGUGCUGGAUGAGGCUGGCUACUCGCUGCAGGAGUCGGCGACGGUCAUGUCCUCGGCGGCGAUCAUCGACCUCGUGACCCGAAUGGCCGGCGCCGCCAUCACCGACCUCCCGCACUUCAGGCCCAGGGUUGUGUUUGGCUUCGCGCAGCUCAUCUACGUUGUCACGCCUUACGUGUUAUUGGCGUGGACAGACGAGUGGCUGGUCGUAAUGGCUUGUGCCGGAGCCUUCGGGAUGGGCCUCGGCUGCCUGUAUUUACUUGACGUCCUCAUCAUGGUGAGACUCCUCGGGGUGGAGAAGCUGCAGUCAGUCCUUGGAAUGAGUCAGCUUCUUCGUUCUGUGGCCUUUAUAUUCAUAGGCCCUGUGGGAGGAUCUAUUCGCGAGGCCUCGGGGACCUACUGGGCAACGCUAGCCUUCUUCUCUAGUUCCAUGCUGGUUGGCUUUGUUAUUAUGGUCAUCACGGCUCUGACCCACCGGCCGAAACCCGACCCAGAGGAAGAUGAUGAAUCCUAACUAUUGGCAACGAUAGGCAUAUCAUCUGUAAGAAGAUACUAUGGACCCCCCCCCCUCCAGCAGUGCCCUUUGUCUCUCUGUGGCCCUAUCGAAACCUAACCUUGACUUUUCACUUAGCCAUGACUCAUUAUUAUUCAGGUUAUCAGAAAAAAACGACGUAGUACCGAGGCCAUUCCUGAGUUCGGAUUGCGAAGCCAAGUGUAGAAAAAAA